GUGUGGGGGUGUGGGGGUGUGGGUGUGUGUGUGUGUGUGUGUGUGUGUGUGUGUGUGUGUGUGUGUGUGUGUGUGUGUGUGUGUGUGUGUGUGUGUGUGUGUGUGUGUGUGUGUGUGUGUGUGUGUGUGUGUGUGUGUGUGUGUGUGUGUGGUGGCGCCCGGAGAGCCGCCGGCAGCCGAAGUCACUAGAGUAAACACGUCCGGCAGGGGCUGGGCCGGCCGCGCGCGCAGAGGGACCGCGGCGGAACCGCCCCCGCCUGUACCUGUUGGAGCCUGCACGCGCCGGCCAGGGCGCCGGGGGGCGGGGCCCAAGCGGGGGAUGGGCGGGCCCCAUAGGGGGCGGGGCGCGCGGCGAUUGGGUGCGCGCGGGGCCACCCGCCAGGGCUGGGCUGCAGGGCCGCGAGGUUUCACUUCGCUCCGCGUAGCCUCCAGGUAUUUGUGCUAGAUUUAGCGCUCCGUCCCGCGUCACCGCCGCCACCGCCACCGGAUCCUUUCAAGCGUCCUGUGCAUCUAGUCCCUCUGAGUCCAGCAUCGCCUCGGGCUGCUCGGCUCGAUUCAUCCCGCUCCCGCCGCCACCGCUUCGGCGCCCUUCCCCUGACCCUCAUCCCUCCACCCCCCAAUGUCUGACUCUGACUCUCGGACUGAGAAACGCAAGAAAAAAAGACCAAAUGGCAAAGCAACCUUCGGAUGUAAGUUCUGAGUGUGACCGAGAAGGCGGACAAUUGCAGCCUGCUGAGAGGCCACCUCAGCUCAGACCUGGGGCCCCUACCUCUCUCCAGACAGAGCAGCUAGGUAAUCACGAAGGCGAAGGGGACCGCUGCCCCCAAGGCAGCCCGCAGGGCCCGCUGGCCCCACCUUCCAGCCCUGGCCCUUUUGCUACCAGAUCCCCACUUUUCAUCUUUGUGAGAAGAUCCUCUCUACUGUCUCGAUCCUCCAGUGGGUAUUUCUCUUUUGACACAGACAGGAGCCCGGCACCCAUGAGUUGUGACAAAUCAACACAAACGCCAAGUCCUCCUUGCCAGGCCUUCAACCAUUAUCUCAGUGCAAUGGGACUGAAGGCAGAUGACUGUCAGGAAGAGAGCUGUGAGUCGUGGGAAGCGGGCUGCAUUCUGCAGCUCAGAAGAGUGUGCAGUGGAGGUCCUAAGUGCUACCUUCAUCUGGGGACUUGCUGGUCUCUUCCAGUAGACAGUGCCCUGACCUUUUCAGUCUCUCAUGGACUCUGUCAUUGUGGAAGCAUUGUUAAAUUCACUGGGGGACAAACAGAGAAGCUGGCUUCCAUGAGGCAGUCUCAGGCUGUACCUGCAGAUAUGCGCCCGGAGAUAUGGAUCGCACAAGAACUGCGACGUAUUGGAGACGAAUUUAAUGCAUAUUACCCAAGAAGGGUCUUUUUGAAUAAUUACCAAGCAGCAGAGGCUCACCCUCAGAUGAUUUUCUUACGACUAUUACGUUACAUCAUCCGUCUGAUAUGGAGACUGCAGUGACAACAGGUUUCUUGCAGAGCCAAGAUGUGUGCAGACAUUUGCUUGUUCAAACCGACGAGCCUAGCACCACAAGCUCUUGGUGCCAUUGCUGUGUAGCCUGUGGUUCCUUUCCAGAGAGGACGUGCAGAGCAGCUGGCCCACACAUGCCCCAAGACACCCAGCUACAUGUGGACUUGACCUUCCUGUUCAUCACCAUAUGGCAGAAUUUCUCAUUGGAAGUUUGUUGUGAAUGUAAACGAAGGAAGAUUUUUUUCUUAAUGUACAAAUCAUGGUUCUUUGGAGCAGGAUUUUAUUCAAGAAUGGUGUUUACAUGCAGUGUGUUUUUUUUUUUUCCACCUUCUUUAUAAGAACAGGCGUUUUCAAAAAGGAAAUGGAAACUUUUUAACCAACUUGUGAAUGAUUUUUAUACUAAAAGUUUUAAGAACAUAUUGCCUACUCUCAGAGGAUUAUGUAAACUCUACAAUGAAAACUGAGCCAGCUAAUUUAUAAAGCUGCCUUAGUUUAUUUUUAGGAGUUUCUGUACAGAAUUUUUAAACUAUAGAGGUAUGAUAAUGGGCCCUUCCUUUCCCUGCCAUUGCUUUUUGACUUUUAAAAAAAUCCUUAUUAAUACCAAAAAAAAGCUUUUAUGAAAUGGAACUGAUAAGAGGGGCAAAGGGUCUAUGUCAACCUGCCACACCCAUUUUGUAAAUAUUUAUUUACCUCCUCAAAUUCAGUAGCAUCUGUGGCAAAAUUUUAGACUCUUUGGUGUGUUAUUCUUAUCUUCUGUGAUACUCCUCUAGCCUACCUGGACACAGAUGCACAGAUUUGCAUUUUUAUGAUGCUUGGUAGUUGGGUCAGCAUGUGAGUCAGUACCUGCCGGUAUCAUACACAGCUCAGUCAUUCUGUCUCCAGGUAGCUUGAUGUGGUGUUGGUUUUCACUAGGUUUUGAUGGAUCUGUCAUGGAGAAGUGUUCUGAAUAGGUUCUGUGCUGAGUAGAAGUAACAGAGUGUCCUGCCCUUCUGCUCUGUUGGCAUUUCCAGUUGUGCAGGCUUUCCUGUUGUCACAGGACGCCCUCUCAGCAGUGAAACCUGUGCUUAGCUGUAGGCAGCCAAGCAAGCAUCUGUCCUCGUGGGGAUUGGUGCAGGCUGUAGGCGGGACUUUGGGUGACUUGUUUCCUGGGUAUCCUGGCUUUCCAGCCAGCUCACAGUUCAUCUGGUCUUUGAUGCCUAACACCUGGGCUUCCACUCCUCUGAAAUAUCCCCCUUGUUGUUCCUUUGAAAGACGUGCGUUGUAACUAGUCUGUUGCUCUCCGGACAGUUAGGUUGUGUCAGGUCACCCUUCAUGCAUCCAUCUGCUAUUGGGGGCCUGCCCCAGGGGUAUUGUAAUGGGUGUGAAUCCAAUAAGUUGGCCAGUCAUUUCAAAAGCAGGUUUCAGAAAGAGACAAAUGAGGGAGCAGUGGAAGAUGGGAGGCAGGAUUCAUUCUGUAAGCCUUGUAAUGUACAGUUCUUGAGACCUCAGGUCACUAAACAGCUUUUUAAAGAAAAUAAACUUUCAAGCAAUUCAGCAGUGCCAACAACUAUUGUAUUUGUUUUUGGCCUAUGAAGGAACAGUGUUUUCACAAUAUCAAAUUAAUGGGAUGAUCCAUUCAUUUGUGUCUUCAUAAUUUUAUAUCAAUAUAAAUAUAUAUAUAUUGCAUAUAUACUUUUUUCCUUUAGAUAGUUUUGAUUCCAGAUAAUAUUAUUUUCCAAAAACUUCCCCCCCCCCAAUAUCUCUGUGGGGAUUGUGAUUAUUUUUUAAUUUGUGUUGUCUCAGCUCAUGUUUUUUAUGUGUCUUGAGCCCCUCUGUGGGGUCAGAAAGUCCACAAGGUUGUGAAGUGGUGGCAGAACUGCAGCCGUGGACCUGUUGGACACACACACCAAAGAUGUAUUUGGUUCUGGGUACCCCUCCCUCCCAGGAUCUCCAUCCUCAUGUGCCAGUCUCUCUGACUGGAGCACUUUACUCUGUUUCUUCAAUACUGUGGCUCUCUGGAAGUGCCACGAUGCAGCCCCGGAGUGAAGGCUGUGUGCUUGUGUGCCCACCACAUCUGAAGUUUACCUCUGGCUUGGCAGCCCCUGGGCCUCCAGGCUGACCAUGGAAAGCAGCUCAUGAGGAAAUAAGAGAUUCUAUGAAUUAUAGAAGUAUUAAAGAACAGGAUGUUGCACCAGGACUUGAGAUUACUGGAUGUUUCUGUACUGUAUGGAUCUGUUUUUCAAGAUGCCUCCCUGUAGAAAGUAGACCUGAUUACAUUUGAUUUUUUUUGGGGGGGGUUACAAAAGACAUAACUAGAUCUCCUUUUGAAAAUUUAAUGCAGGUUUUGUGCCUUUACCACCUCUUCUCACAUGAGGUUUGUAGAAAGUAUAUCCUGUGACUUAUCACAGAAAUGCAAUAAACACACACAAAGUAACUUCAUGAGUGACUUUUUUUUUAAAUGACCUGUAUUUCUGCCUAGAAAUCAUUUUAGAGAGUUUUCUUUUUUGGGGGGAGGGGGCUUGUGGAGAAACCUAGUAAAAAAUUCCUUCUGAUUUAACAACAACAAAAAAAUGUACACAGUAGAAUACAGUUUUCUCUAGUUUUUCUUUCUUAAUAUUGUAUAUAGUUUACUAUUUAUUAGAUUAGGUCAUACUUUACUUAUCAACUGAGCCAAAUGUCUGUGUGCAAUUGUGUUUCCUUUACCUUUCUUGUAAAAUUUUGUACAGCAUUCAUAAGUAAACAAAUCACUGUUUUUCUAAGCUUUUUCAAAAUCAAAGAACUGUAAAUAUUGUAGAUUCUUUCAGUGUAAUGUGUCCUACUGUUUCAUAAUGCUGUAACUUGUAGAAAUGUAUAUUUAUUUCCAGCUUAUUUAAUGUCUUUUAAGUUCUGAAAAGUGUUGUCCUCCUUGCCCCACCACCCCAUUUACUGCUUUUAGUUUGAGGUGGUAACUGGUCAGUUCCCUGCAAGUCAUGUGGUCUUCCCUGGGUAGCCUUUCAGCUUUGGUUCCUUGUAGUUCUGUUCAAAUGGGUUUGGACUCUUGGACAUUGCUGUCCUUAAGACAUAUCUUAUUACCAUGUGGUUUAGACACCAUGAAAAACUCUGCAGACUACAGAAUCUACUCCAAGGAAUGAAUACCCAGUGUCUUUCUAUUGUUCCAAAGCAGCUAGCUUCACAUAGAAGCAAACUCUGUUCAGAUUUUCCAUUGAAAGUUAUCCCUGAAACCUCAGUGUUCAAGGAAAUAAAAAUGUGUCCAUUUCUGGUGGGGCCACCAUGAUAAUUGUUUGGGGGAAGGGUUGGACCAGGCAGUGUGAAGGGCAGGUGGGACUGGUUGCAUUUGCCUGGAGAGGGACUUCAGGGCCACCACCUGCCACUGCUCUUGUUGGCAAUUGGUGAGUAAAUUUUAUUUCUACCGCUUGUUGUGUGGCUUCCUGUGCAUUGAUCUAUGGACUGAAUUGUCUUAAGGAGUUGAUUGUAUAGACUCCUCCCCCUCCUAAACCCAGGACCAUUUGUUCCCUCAGUCAGGCAGCCUGCUACCAAAGGUUGAUGCCCUCUUUCUGUUUCUCUUAUCACCUUUGAGAGAGGUUGGCAUGCCCCACUGUACUGGGUGUUCAGUGUGAAAGCUUAAUGGAAGCGUUAGCAAGACUUCUCAUGGUUCUUUCUAGAUUUUUCAGUCACCCCUGCUGAUUUAGCCUGGUGCCUAAGUGUGUCUACGUAGCACAUGGAUGUGUGCAGGGAUGUGGCCACAUGUGACGCUAAACCAGCUGAGGUAAUUCCCACCCAACCCAACUGUUGUGUGCAAGGAGCCUUCUCAAAGCACCCAGCUAAUAAGUAACUUGACUACUUUUAUUUUGGAAUUUCAGACUUUAGAAUCAUUAAGUUUUAUGUGCAGAUUCUGUGACCACUAGUUACUGUGUUGACUCAUCAGGUACCCAUUUAUAAAUAGCACUGAGCUGUCUGUAUAUUAAUUCAUUGCUAUUGUGUUUUUUAGGACCCAGCGUAUGUAGCAUUUGUAUUGCAGUUUCCCUGGCUUACUUGUGUUUUGCACUGAUGAAAUUUGACAGGGUAAUUGCCACUUUUACUUGUGCAAUACUGCUGUAAAUAACUGCAGAUUUUUAAAAAACAAAAAACAAAAAAACUCAAUCUUUUAUGUUCUUGAUGAAUUUUAUAUAAAUAAAACUUUUAACUAGU